AUGCAUCCCUCUAAUUCUGAGGGAUCUUCUGAACAAUCACAGACUGUUACUCCAGAUGUCCAUUUGAGAUCUCGCAGAGCAGAGAAAUCAACAGAUCCACCUAAUCCCGAGAGGUCCUCUUCAAGCCAAGAAGGAGAUUACACGGGAGAGUGCCCAUUGUCGUGUUUGGGGUGCGGGAAAUCUUUUAAGCUGAGAUCCGAACUUCUCAUACAUCUCAGAUCUCACACGCGGGUGACUUUUACAUGUUCAGAGUGCGGGAAAUCGUUCAAUGAAAAAGACCAGUUUCUUGCCCACCAGAAAAGUCACAAAGCUGAGCGCCCUUAUGCUUGUUCAGAGUGCGGGAAAAGUUUUACUGAGAAAAGUGUACUUCACACGCACCAGAGAAUCCACACGGAUUGCGGGAAAAGCUUUACUCACAAAGGAAACCUAAUUACGCACCAGAGAAUUCACACAGGUGAAUUUCCUUUCUCAUGUUCGGAGUGCGGAAAAUGUUUCACCCAGAAAGUACACCUCCUAAAACACCAGAGAAUUCACACGGGGGAGCGUCCUUUCGCCUGUCCAGAGUGUGAUAGUUUCUACUGGAACAUCUCUAGUGGCCACUCGGAUGAGAAGUCUCUGGUGGAUCUUCUACGAAGGAACAGCCCAUGGGCCACCUUGUAG